GACGAAUAUAGCCUCAUAUUCUCACAAAAAUAUUCAUAAAAGUCUUCGAGUAAUUUUCAUUCUCAGCGACACAUUUAGUCGCAGCUAUCUCUGAGAUUUUUUUUUGUAAAUCAAUAUUUAAAUCAUAUAUUCAUUUGGACUCUGAUCUUCUCAGCGGAUGUCAAUAAAAGAUCGAGUUGGAUGAGCAAAGUUUCAAUAAAAUCUUUAGUUAAGCUAUUAGAGGCGAACCCAUUCAAUAAAUAUGUGCAAGCAAUCAAUAACGAAAGUUAAUUUUAAAAAUAAAUAAAAAAAUAUAACAUCAGUAGUGUAUUUUUACUUUAAAAAUCGCAAAAUGGAAAUGACCGCAGAAUGUCGAUAACAUAAUCUCACUUGUUUACAGCUACUCAAAAGAAUAUUUCAACAUCAAUCAGAAGUAUUUUAUAUUUCAUUGCGAACGACCGCAUUUUCAUUGUUUAAUAAUUCAGAGGAGUUUCUGGAUAACUAUAGCCAAUUUGCUAUCCAGUGUUCACAUUAUCAACAGUUUAAGCGUCUGUAAUUAGGAAAUUUAAUAAAAAAAUGAGUAUACAUUUUUUAUUCAUUUUAUUAUUUGUGUGUCUCGAAGUACGUGCAAAUUUGGAUUUGAACACACAGCUACUCGAUGCCGCCGAAAAUGGUAGCAUAGAUGCGGUCCAAACUCUAAUCAACCAUGGAGCAAAUGUCAAUUUCGAAAACGAAGAUAAAAAUACUCCACUUCACAAGGCUGCUUUGUAUGGUCAUACAGACGUAGUUAAAUAUCUAAUAGAAAAAGGAGCGAAUGUGAAUGUCAAAACUAAAUAUCAGGAAUAUACACCACUUUACGGGGCUGCUCAGAAUGGUCAUAUAGAUGUAGUCAAAUGUCUAGUAGAAAACGGAGCGGAUGUGAAUAUUGGAAACAAAUGGAAAACUACACCACUUCACCAGGCUAUUUUCUAUGGUUAUACAGAUAUAGUCAAAUAUCUAAUUGAUAAUGGAGUGAAUGUGGAUGCUGAAGACGACUACAAAGAAACAUCACUUAAUAAAGCUGCCCAAUAUGGUCAAACAGAUGUAGUCAAAUAUCUAGUUAUGAAAGGAGCGGAUGUAAAUAUUGGAGAUAAUCACAGAGAUACGCCACUUCACAAGGCUGCUUCUAGAGGCUACGUUGAAAUAAUUAAAUUGUUAAUAGAAAAGGGUGCAAAUCCAUUCCUUACAAAUUAUGAAUAUCGAUCUCCACGUGAUGUGGCUGUCAGAGGACGUCACAGGGAAGCAGCCAAACUUCUAGAGAAAGCAGAGAGUAACUUUGAGCGACCAACGUCAACUUUAAACAUACAGCUUCUCAAUGCAGCUGAAAAUGGUACCAUAGAUGCGGUAAAGACUCUAAUCAGCCAUGGAGCCAAUGUCAAUUUCGAAAAUGAAAAGAUAGAAACGCCACUUCACAAGGCUGCUUCUGGAGGUCAAAUAGAUAUAGUCAAAUAUCUAAUAGAAAAAGGAGCGAAUGUGAAUGUCAAAACUGGAUUUUGGGAAAUCACACCACUUGAAAUAGCUACUAAUAAGGGUCAUUCAGACGUAGCCAAAUAUCUGAUAGAAAAAGGAGCGGAUGUGAAUUUUAAGACUAAUAUUUUAAAAUACACACCACUUUACAGGGCUGCUUCUUGGGGUCAUACAGAUGUAGUUAAAUAUUUAAUUGAGAAAGGAGCGGAUGUGAAUGCUGAAACAGAUUGGAAAGCCACACCGCUUCAGGCCGCUGCUCGACAUGGUCAUACAGAUGUAGUUAAAUAUCUAGUUGAGAAUGGAGCGAAUUUGAAUGCUCAAGAUAAACCUUUGAAAUACACCCCACUUCACGAAGCAGCAUUACUUGGCCACGUUGAAAUAAUUAAAUUCUUAACAGAAAAGGGCGCAAAUCCAUUCAUUAGAGCUGAUGACAAUCAAACUCCACGUGACAUGUCUAUCUUAUAUGGUCACAGGGAAGCAGCUAAACUUCUAGAGGAAGCAGAGAGUAACUUUGUCCAAACUGAAAGACCAGAGCCACCACCAACAACAACAACAACACCAUCAUCAUCAAUUUCUGUUGUGAUCUCUCCGCCUGAGUUUCAAAUCGGAGACAAUGUGAGACUACCAUGCAACGCAUACGACAACGCUACGCAUACUCCAACCACAGUCAUCUGGCAUAAGGCGAAUGGAUCUCUCCCGGAUCGAUCAUAUCAAAAUACAGGUGUUCUUACAAUCACAAAUGCUCAACUCGCUGAUGGCGGUGAAUAUAUUUGUCAAGCCGAAUUUAAUGGACAUUACGCACAGCGUUCCACAAUUUCUAUCAAAGUCAAUCGUUCCAAUCACACCGAUAACCAAGAACCUGGGAAAGUAUUUCAUGGCGCUGUUCGCAACGGAAAUCUGGAAACAAUGGAAGAGCUACUUAGAAACGGAACGGAUGUCAAUAUCCCAGACCUCAAUGGUCGAACACCUUUAUUUACUGCGGCUCAAAAUGGUCGACACAAUAUAGUUGAGUCGUUGAUAAGGAAUGGUGCUUAUAUCCACCUCAAAGAUUACUAUGGCGAAUCUCCAAUUAACACAGCAACUUCUGAAGGUCACGAGCGUGUUGUUGAAAUACUGAUUGAAAAAGGCGUGGAUGCAAAUACGAAAGAGGACCAUGGAUAUGCGCCAAUACAUAUCGCCGCCCAGAAAGAUUAUGAGCGAAUUGCUGAAUUUUUACUCAAAAAUGGUGCAAAUGUCAACAAUCAAGAUAACGAUGGCAAAACGGCAUUGUUUACGGCUUCGAGUUUCGGUCGUGAUCGACUGGUUCAAAUGUUAUUGAAUCAUAGUGCAAAUGCCAAUCUGCAGGACAAUCGUGGACAAACACCAUUAUACAGCGCCACUUUGGCAGGUUUUGAAGAUAUCGUUAAAGUAUUAGUCCAAUACGGAGCCGAUCUAAACAUGCCAGAUGAAAAUGGAUGGUCACCAUUACACGUGGCCACUCAAAAUGGCUUUGAGAAUAUUGUGGAAAUUCUAAUGAGAAAUGGAGCCGAUGCCGAUUUAAAAAAUCAGAACAACGCCACAGCGAUCGAUUUCGCGGAGAGAAAAGGAAAAGAGAAUAUUAUUAAACUUCUCAAAAAAGUGCGUCCAAUUCGGCCAGCAGAAAAGGUGUGCGCAAAUUACAAUGAGAAUGCUACUACUUCACUAAAGAGUCGCACUUUGGAUGGUGAGGAAGCUGAUCCACAAGAAUUUCCAUGGAUGGCGGCUUUAGGUUAUUUGACAAAAAAUAAUGAAGUGUCCUAUGAAUGCGACGGUACAAUCAUAUCGGAUCACUUCAUACUAACGGCUGCUGAUUGUGUGUCGAGAUCUCAAAAACCAACUGUAGUUCGAUUAGGAAAUAUCGCUCUGACCGAUAACAACGACGGCAGUAUUGAAGCAGUCACCAAAUCAGUCGGGGAGAUUAUAACACAUCCAAACUAUUCGGGACUCACUAAGAAAAACGACAUUGCAUUGAUUCGAGUGUCAGAACAAAUUUUGUUCACGGACCAUAUUACGCCCGCAUGCCUGCAAACCGAUUCAGAUGACAUGGACAUUGAUAUGCCGCUGAUUGUGAUUGCUUGGACUAAAACAUCAGUCGAACGUCACAACAAAUCAAACAUUCUGCUCAAAGCCCAAUUGAAAACCAUGCCACUAUCCGGAUGUAACCAAACGAUGUUGAUGUCGAAUGAAGGAUCCAAUGAAACGGCUUUUCGAGAUGGACUCAGCCAAGGACAGUACUGUGCAUAUGCGCCAGAAGGAAGAAAUGAGAGUUGCCAAGUGAACCACGGAGGACCUCUUCAGUUAUUCCCUUCAAACAACUCAACCAGAGCCACAGUUGUGGGUAUAGUUUCUUUUGACACGAGUUGCGGCACUGAAUUGCCAAGCGUUUACACCCGCAUCGCAUAUUAUUUGGAUUGGAUUGAAGCAACCGUUUGGCCACAUCCAUAGGAAUGGAAGAAAAAAUUGAUAAAUAGCUUAACAUUGCAUUAUACAUUCUUUUAUUCACAAAUAAAUUUUUUUAAAUUUAAAUCCAUA